GAGACAAGAUGCUGUCUCUUUAAGAGUAUUUUUAGGCUGGCAGUUAGCAGUGGUCAGUGUUGGGGGAAAAAAACAUUAGUGGAUGUAGUGCAAUAACAGCCCAUGAACAUGGCUGACGAGGACAAAUCCAUGCUGAUAUGGAUGUGGAUUUAGGAGCGUCAUACUUAAAUUCAUAUCCUAGUGCUGUAGAAAGGUAUAUGUUUUCCAGCUCAUGAAUGGAACUAAAUUAAGUGAGGUGAUAGGCUAAUCACCUGUCCUGCGUAGCGCAUGCGCAGUAGCGAGAACGGGAGCCGCGGUCCUUUUCCCAGCCAGCAUCACGGAGCUGAGAAGAGCGAGCAACAACGGAAGCUCUCCGUGUAGAAAUGGGUGAAAUACCUUGGCAUCCACGUGAGGUAAUGUGCCUGCAGACGUGAGUGAAUCAUAAAACCCUCCACAAACCUUUCACUAGACUCCCCAACCAGCCCUGGAGCAGUUAUUUUAUUGAUUUUCUGACUCCACCCCAUACUGGCAGACUGCGCCUCCCAGGAGUGUAGUCCCCCCAUCCUAAUCAAACCUUCCUACUUCACCUGCACCCAGAACCCUAUACCCCCCAAACAGAAUGUUUUCUUCCAACUUUCUGGGUGGGGGGAACCCUCUGAGUGCCAUGUCUUCUGCGGUGAACAAGUUUAGCCUGUUUGGUGAUGAGACUGAGGAUGCAAAAGAAAAACAGCAGCCUCUAAAGCAAAAAAUUCCUGAACAGCAUGGAAAUGGACAACCUGUUUCACACGGGUCUCAAAAUCACAGCACAGAAAAGACAGCAGGAGCUCGUAUGGGUGAUGCUCACCAGCAAGGAAUAGGCAAGGGGCUACCCCAGAGUCCAGCAUCUGAAAGAGGUAGCCCUCAACAACAAAGAGCUGGUAGAGGAGGCCCUCAUCAUCAGGGGGUAGGAAGGGGAAAAUCUCCACAGCGUGAAACAAGCAGGGGUGGACCUGGGACUCGCCAAUCAGAAACAGCUGCAGCAUCAGCUUCAGGCACAGAGUCACUCUGUCCAAUCUGUAAAACUACAAAACUCAAAUUUCAGUCUAAGGAACCGCCCAACCAUAACACCUGUACAGCAUGUAAAUCUGUAGUCUGCAGCAUGUGUGGCUUUAGUCCUCCAGAUGCAGCUAAUAAAGAGUGGCUUUGCCUCAACUGCCAGAUGCAGAGGGCCCUUGGAGUUGAAAAUGCACCUACCCCUUUAAUAUCCAGCAAAACUCCAACACCUUCUCCAUCUCCUGUCAAGCAAAGUUCAUCAGCAGCACAAAAGAAGGGCACUAUAGAAAUUCAAGCAUUACACCCAACCUCCAGUGAGCAAAGCAAACCUCCAGACGGUCAUAAACCACCUGGACAGGAAAGAUCAGCAAACAAAACAAUGUCACCACAUCCACAUCAAAAGCCAACUCAUCAGCCAAAAGGAAAAGAUUCCCCAACUCCUUCCAAGUCCGAACCACCAAUAAAACCUGAAACUCCCAAAGAGCAGUCUGGAUUUUUGGGUUUUAGAUCUACUGGUGCCCGAUCCCGCUCACCAUCUCCUCAGCCUUCAGUCUCUGCGGUUUCUGGUAAAGUUUUAGGCUUUGGCUCCUCCCUUUUCAGCUCUGCAUCUAAUUUAAUUUCAUCAGCUGUUCAGGAUGAGUCUUCCAUAAUACAGCCAACAUCACGUAAAGCCUCCAGUGUUUCCCAAACCUCUGACAGUUCUACACCUCCAGCAUCCCGUAAAGGAUCCGAAGCAUCUAAGGCUUCUCCCAAACUUCCUGCAACCCCAAAACAAAAGCAAAAGAAUCCAGAAGUUCCUCAGCCAACCAAAGCAACUGUAGACCAAACAAAAGAGAGACUGCCAUCUUCUCAGUCCCCAAAAGCUAGUUUGAAACAUCUUCCCAAAACCUGUCCUAUCUGCAAAGUGGAUCUCAAAAAGGAGCCCCCAAAUUACAAUACCUGCACUGAGUGCAAAACUAUUGUGUGUAACCAGUGUGGUUUCAAUCCCAUGCCUAAUCAGUUAGAGGGGACAGACUGGCUUUGUUUAACCUGCCAGACACAAAGAGCAUUAAAUGGGAUUGAAACACAAGGGUCUCCUAUGAUGAAGCGUCACCCUCAGUACCCUGAAGCUACAACCCAAAAGAAGAAUUCUACUGCAGGGUCCACAUCAAAACAGCCCAUCCUCCAAUCAACAGAGACAAGUUGUGCCAACCAGACAGUUGCUCGGAAAGAAGGAAAUAAUGAACAACAUCUUAGUUCAAAAGGAACAAAACUGACUAAUGAGCAUAAUCAGCAGGCAUCAAAAACUGGCCUACAUACUACUGAUACAACAUCAAAGGCAGAACCUCCUCAAGAAGAGACAGGUUUCUUUAGCUUUGGCCUUGGUGGUGUGCGUUCUCGUUCUCAAUCUCCAUCUCCUCACGUGGUUAACUCUGAUGUUUCUGGAAAGGUUCUAGGCUUUGGCUCUUCCUUACUCAGCUCGGCCUCUAAUCUGAUUCCAUCAGCUGUUCAGAACGAGCCUUCCACCACACCACCAACCUCUCGAAAGGGAUCAACUGUGUCUCAAUCCUCUGCCAAUGGAGCCAACACACUUCCUGCAGCACAAAAAGGAUCUGCAGCAUCAAAAAUCGAUGCCAAAAUAUCCUCAACAUCAACAACUGCUUAUAAGGAGAAGACACCAGGACAUCAGCAGAGUAAGGGACCAUUAUCUCAAGAAAAGUUACAAGAACAUGUGCCAAAAAUAGAUAAAGCUGCUCAGCAUCUUCCCAGAGCCUGUCCACUCUGUAAAGAAGAGCUCAGGAAAGAUCCUCCCAACUAUAAUGUCUGCACUCAAUGCAAAAAGUAUGUUUGUAACCUUUGCGGAUUCAAUCCUAUGCCUCACCAAACAGAGGUGACAGAGUGGCUUUGUCUGAACUGUCAGGUACAAAGAGCUCAUGAUAAUACUCCAGUGGUGUCCCAGAAAACAUCUGUACAAACCCAUUCUUCACCAAAGGCAGGAAUGACGCCAUCAUUACAACAUAAAGAUGCUAGUGCUGUGGACUCAACAAAGAAAAUGUCUAAGUCUGUAAUAGCAGGUCCACAGAAAGACAAUAAAUUUGAGGCAAUUCAGAAAAUAGAGCAUCCAUAUGACUCACCCCCUCUACAUAAACGUCAGCAGCUAGAAAUUGGGAAACCUCAGGGUGACACAUCAAAUAUGAAGAAGUCAGAAACCAAGGAUGAAUCAGGUUUCUUUGGUUUUGGUUUAGGGGGUGCUCGAUCACGCUCACCUUCUCCCAAGCCUGCUGCCUCUGCUGUUUCUGGGAAGGUUUUAGGCUUUGGUUCAUCCUUUCUUAGUUCAGCAUCUAAUCUGCUCUCCUCAGCUGUUAAUGAUGAGCCUUCCACAACACCAACAGUCUCUAGAAAGGGUUCAUCAAGUUCUUUUACUUCUACUACACCACCAUCUUCUCGAAAAGGUUCUGCAGUUUCACAGACUUUGUCUAAAACAACACCACCCACUUCCCAUAAGGAAUCAUCAGUUUCACAGUCACCUCAAAAGACAGGAUAUUCAGACUCAUCUCCAGUUACUUCACACAAAGGGAUUAAAAUUUCCCACAAUUUAACAAAGGAGUCCAGCAAUUCUUCUAAUGAAAAAUCCGAGGAAAAACAGCCAGGCCAAACACUAUCUGAAAAAGUUAAGGACUCUGCAGCUGUUGAAAAAACAUCUCAGCAGCUACCACAAACUUGUCCACUUUGUAUGACAGAUAUAAAAAAAGAUCUCCAUAACUAUAGCAGCUGUACUGAAUGCAAGGGCAUUGUGUGUAACCUGUGUGGAUUCAGCCCCAUGCCUCAAGAAACAGCGAUAACAGAGUGGCUCUGUCUGAGCUGCCAUACAAGACGAGCAACAGGAUUAUCUUCUAUGCAGUCAAACAAAAUGCCUCCAUCAUCACCUCAAACUAAGAAGACAUUUUUGUCAGAACAACCUGAGAAGAAAAGUGAUCUUCCUGAUAAAGCUAUUCAAAAAGGCAAGACAACCACUGAGGUAAAACAAAAAGAUGAAAUAUCUGCUGGAGCAGCAGGGAAACAGGCCAGUCAGCAGCAGUCUGCUUUACAUCACAAUGCUGAGAAAUCUCAAAAGGGUUCGAAAGUUGAGCCAUCUCCUGCCAAUGAUAAACCCUCUCAAGAACGCUCAGGAUUAUUUGACAUUGGUGGUGCUCGAUCCAGAUCACCAUCCCCUCAGCCUUCUGUCUCUGCUGUUACUGGGAAGGUUUUAGGAUUCGGUUCUUCCUUUUUCAGCUCUGCAUCGAAUCUCAUCUCAUCUGCUGUUCAGGAUGAACCUUCCACCACACCCCCAAUUUCUCGCAAAGAUUCAUCAGUCUCUCAAAGUUCCAUGAGGUCCAGUACUCCACCUCCAACGUCCCGCAAAGGUUCAAGUGUCGCAGUACCACAAGGGGACUCUCAGAAAAAACAGACAGAUAUAAAUAAAUCACCAUCUGUACAGAAAAAAGAAGGAAAGAAACCUGAAGUAACAAAACAUCAAGAAAAGGAACUCCCAAAUUCAGAUAAAUCCAAACCAGAGCCAGCAAAAGUAAAAGAUUCUCACAUUCUGCCAAAAAACUGCCCUCUCUGCAAGGUGGAGAUAAAGAAGGAGGCUUCCAACUACAACACCUGCACAGGCUGCAAAAAUAUUGUAUGCAUGCAAUGUGGAUUCAAUCCCUCACCACAUCAAACUGACAGAAUGGAGUGGCUAUGUUUGACCUGCCAAAUGCAGCAAGCAACAGGAGCUCCUCAUCAGCCUCAACCACAGGCAAACAAAGAAGCACUGCCUGUCUCAAAGCAGAAUAAAGAGCUUCUAAUUCCAGCAAAGGAUAAGAAAUCACUUGCUGAUGGAAAGCGACAUGACAAUCAAAGUGAAGCUGAGAAAAAGCAAGACAGCUCUACAAUAACACAUAAUGUGCAAAGUCAGCAUCCUACACAACAGAUUCAACAAACAAAAGAUGGGCUUUCCAAACCUGCUAAAUCAGAAACUCCUAAUAAGGAAGCCGAUUUUUUUAGUUUUGGUAGACGAUCUCGAUCACCAUCCCCACAGCCUGCUCAUUCUGGAAAGGUUUUAGGUUUUGGUUCUUCAAUCUUCAGUGCAGCAUCUAAUCUGAUAUCCACAGCUGUUCAAGAUGGAACUACUUCAACAUCAUCAACUUCACGGAAGGGUUCUACUGUUUCUCAAACCUCUGAAAAUGCUGUACCAGUGGUACCUGACUCUAGCAAGAGAUCUGAAAACAAUACCCUGCUAGCUACCAGUAAGGUGUCUUCCCAAGUCUCCAUUAAAGAGAAUUCUAGUAAUGUAACAAAACUACCAACUAAACAUGAUGAAGAAAGAAAAAUACAGGAAAUGAAGUCACCCAAUUUGAAGUACAAAUCUUCAUCAGAUUCCAAAAAACCUACAGAAAACACUCAGUUACUUCCCAAAGCCUGUCCUCUCUGCCAGGUAGAAAUCAAGAAGGAUCCUCCUAACUACAGCAUCUGCACUGAAUGCAAGAAUGCAGUAUGUACCCUUUGUGGAUUCAACCCAAUGCCUGACAAAACAGAGAUGAAAAAGUGGCUAUGUCUGAAUUGCCAGAUACAGCAAACAUCAGGAACUCAGACAAAACCUAUCAAGAUUCCUGCCACCGCAUCUCCACAAAAGAAUGUUCAAGCUCUGCAAAAAUUCUCUCCAAAACAGGGCUCAAAAAUUGACCCAUUAACAAAGCCUGUCCUUUCACAAACAGAAACCAUUAUAGAUAAAUCAGGCUUUGGGGUUACUCAUGACCAAUCUCCUCAGCCUGUCACCUCUACUGUAAAAGAAAAGGGUUUAGGGUUUGGCUCUUCCAUUAUCAGCUCAGCAUCUAACCUUAUUUCUUCAGCUGUUCAGGAUAAAAUAUCUAUAACUCCAACACAUUCUCAAAAAAGUUCUGAAGUAUCUCAGGCAUCUAUAAAAGCAUCAACACCACCUGCUUUAGGCAAGGUACCUGCAGUCUCGGAAAAAGACCUUUUCCCUAAUGAGGCAAAAACAGCUUCUCAGAAACCAAGAUAUGAGGAGAUAAUAUCAGAGCUUCAGAUGUGCAAAGAAGAAUCUAUGGAAGUCAAAGAAGAUGUUAGUCUACCAGCUUGUCCAUUGUGCAAAAAGAAUUUCCAAAAUAACCCUCCAAACUUCAGCACCUGCACAUCAUGCAAGAUGACGGUGUGUAAUUUCUGUGGAUUUAACCCCAUGCCAGAUCAAACUGAGGUGAAGGAGUGGUUAUGUUUGAACUGUCAGAUGCAGCAAUUAUCAGUGGUUUCACCUGCACAGCCACAGGCUAAAAAUAUACUGCCACUAGGACCAGAAGACUGUAAGGAAACUCCAGUUGCAUCUCAGAAGCAAUCGAUUCACUCACUAGAUGUCACAGACAACAAUACAAAUCUUUCUGAAGUUGGAAAAUCUGAGGCACAGCCCCUUGUGCCAGCAUCACAGAAUCCCACCACACCAAAAGACGAGCCUCUGAAAGAGGAUACGGUUUCAGCUAUUUCUCAAACUUCUGCAAAGCCUGCAUCAAUUUUGCCUGCAUCUGUAGAAACUCUUAUGUCUGGGAAGACAAAAUUACAUAUUGUUCAGCAGCAAGAAGAAAUCAAACCUGCAGAUGAAGCACAGUCUGCCAAAGUGCCAUCUGCUCUUGAAAAAGGUGAUACGAGUUUAUCUAAGCUUCAGAAAGAAUGUUCAAUCUGCAACGAGAAAUUCAAGAAAGAUCCUUCAAAGUAUAAUACUUGUGAUUCAUGCAAAGCCGUUGUUUGUAACCUUUGUGGAGGACUGAACUCUAGGGCCUCUAUGGCAGACAUAACAGAGAAGAACUGGUUGUGUGUGAACUGCCAGAGGCAGAAAGAACCAGGUCCAUUUCCUGCAAAAGAAAAGGAGGAAGUACCUCUUACAGAAUUAGAGAAGGGCACUCCAAGUACAGGUCCUAUGAAGAAAAAGACAAGUAUUCCAGUUUGUGAUACAAAGUAUGAUAAGAAACCCAUGGAAAAUGGAAAACCUGAUGAUAAACUGACUUUAGAAAAGACCCCAAAAGCCACUGCUAGUGUGGCAGAACCUAAACCAUUACUUGUUGACUCUGUUGAACCGCAAAGUACAAAACCUUCAGAGAAACAGUCUGGCAUGUUUAGUUUCAGUUUUGGUGGUACUAAAUCACAACCAUCAUCUCCUCAACUGGCUGCCUCUGUAGUUUCUGGGAGAGUUCUAGGCUUUGGUUCAUCUUUCCUUAGCUCAGCCUCUAAUCUGAUCUCUUCAGCUGUUCAGGAUGAACCAUCCAUCACUCCACCAACCUCUCGCAAGGGUUCCACGUUUUCUUUAAAAAAUGCUACAACCCCACCUUUGUCACGCAAGAGCUCAGCAGCACAGCAACACGAGGAAAAGAAAGACACAGAAAAUAAAUUGCAAGACCAGGUUGCAAAGGAAUCAGCUCCUCUUCUUAAAAAGGAUACAGCUUUUUUAGAGCUUCACAAAGCUUGUACACUCUGCAAAGCUGAUCUCAACAAUGAUCCACCCAACUUUAACACCUGCACACAAUGUCAAAAUAUUGUGUGUAACCUUUGUGGAUUUAGCACUAUUCCACAAGAAACUGAGGUAUCAGAGUGGUUGUGUUUGAGCUGCCAGAUACAACGAGCCACAGGACCUCCUCAAGUAAAAACACAGUCAGAAGAUAAAAAGGUACCUUCACCAGCAUUACCAAAGAAAAAGGAGACUCCUGGUGCAGAUGAUUCACUGAAGAACCCAAGUCUUCCAGUCAAUGCCAAAGAUGAGAAGCCAUCUGGAUUUGUUAAACCAGCAGAUAAACCUAUUAAAGCAGAAACCCAACCCACCCCUGCUCCAUCAACACAUCCUUCUCCAGGAAAAUCUGCAACACCACAAAAAGUUGAACCUACGAAGGAGGAAUCAAGCUUAUUUGGUUUCAGUUUUAGUGGUACUCGAUCUCGGCCAGCAUCUCCUCAGCCUGACAUCUCGGCUGUGUCUGGAAAGGUUCUAGGCUUUGGCUCCUCCUUUCUCAGUUCUGCAUCUAAUCUGAUAUCAUCGGCUGUUCAGCAAGAGCCUUCCACGACUCCACCAACAUCCCGUAAAGGAUCAUCAACUUCCCAAAGUUCUGUAAAAAUGUCUUCAAUUCCACCCACUUCUCACAAGAAUCAAGUGGAAAUAAAAGCAGACCCCAAUCCAGAUGUGCAGUUGCCAAAAGCAGAUAGACCUCAAUCAGAGUCACUUGGAGCUUGCCCAAUCUGCAAGGCUGAUCUUAAGAAGGAUCCACCUAACUACACUACCUGCACUGAAUGCCAGAAAACAGUGUGUAACCUUUGUGGAUUUAGUCCUGUGCUACAAGAAACAAAAGUAAAGAAAUGGUUAUGUUUGGACUGCCAUAAACAGCAUGCAUUAGGACCUUCAUCUAUACAGCCUCAAUUAGAGGCAAACAAUUUACCUUCACCAGCACCAAAGCUGGAUGGUCAAGCUACAGAUGAUCCACAAAGGGAGCAAAGUCUCUCAGUCGAUGCAACAAUGAAAGCUGCUGAAAUUGUAAGAAAAGAUGAUACAUCUACUCCAGCAGAGUCACAGACACCUACUACUGUUCAGUCAGCACAACAGGCAUCUCCUGGCACACCUGCUAUUCCAAAAAAGCCUGAAAGUUCAAAUAAAGAGAAAGGCUUUUUCAGUUUCAGCACUGGCAGUGAUAAGUCACCAGCUCCUCAGCCUGAUAUCUCUGCAGUUUCUGGAAAGGCUAGAGGCUUUGGUGCAUCCUUUUUAAGCUCAGCAUCUAAUUUGAUUUCAUCAGCUCUUCAAGAUGAACCGUCUACCACAACACCAACUUCUAGAAAGGGUUCUACAAUUUCUCAACAAUCGGAAAAGGAUACUCCAACAACACAUACAUUGGACAAGGGGUUCAUCGUACAGAAAGAAGAAGAAAAGACAGACUUGAAAAUGACAUCAGAUGGCAAAACAGCUGUGCCAACUACUCUUGUCGAAAAAGAUGAGCAUCUCAAUAAGCUUCUUAAACUUUGUCCACUGUGCAAGGCGACACUCACAAAAAAUCCACUCAACUAUGAAACCUGUACUGAAUGUAAAGCUAUUGUUUGUAAUCUUUGUGGAUUUAGUCCUAUGCAACAACAGGCUCAAGUGAAAGAAUGGCUAUGUUUGAACUGCCAGAUACAGCGAGCACCAGGAGCUCCCUCUACACAGCUUCAACAACAGGCUAACAAAGUACCACCACCAGCAUCACCACAACAGAAGGCAAAAUCUCUUGCUGAUAACCCAGAGGACAAACCAACUCAAGUAAUGACAAAAAAACCCAUUCCUAUGCCUACAAAACAACAGUCCACUGCUCCAACACCAAAAGGUGAUCCUUCAAAGAAGGAGUCUGGCUUCUUUGGAUUUGGUGGUGCUCGUUCUCGAUCUCCAUCUCCUCAGCCAGCUGUCUCCGCUGUUUCUGGAAAAGUUCUAGGCUUUGGAUCUUCUCUCUUUAGUACAGCAUCUAAUUUAAUUUCAUCAGCUGUUCAUGAUGAGCCUAAGACACCACCAACACCUCGUAAGGGUUCUGCUACUUCUCAGACAUCUGUAAAGUCCAUAUCAGCAACUCCUACUUCUUCUCAGAUAGAACCUGUAGAGCCAGAACAACACACUAAAAAAACCAAAACAUCAGCCACAGAGGAACAGCUUCCUGUUGCAGAGAAACAUGAGAAUAAAGAAAAUGAAAAGCAAAUGAAAAUGACUAAGGUUACAGAUGAUUCCCCGAAAGUAGAAGAAAGUUAUAAACAUCAGAAUGUUGCUUGUCCUCUCUGUAAGAUGGCACUUAAUGUUGGCUCAACUGAACCACCUAACUACAAUACCUGCACAGAAUGCAAGGACACAGUGUGCAACCUUUGUGGAUUUAACCCCAUUCCUCAUCAGACUGAGGUUUAUGAAUGGCUUUGCCUGAACUGCCAAACACAGAGAGCAUUAAAAGGAAUUGAACCAAAAGAACCGAAAGCUAAACCAGAUAUCGUAUCCAUUCCAACGAUGUCUUCAAGCAGCAUAACACCUAAAACAGCAAAUGAUGGUUAUGAAACCAACACAAAGGUUCUACAUCAGGUGCAGGCACCUCACAAAGAUGUACCUGCUGCAAAUCAAAAUAAAGCUUCUAAUCUAACUCCAUUUCAAAGUGAUAAUAUUUCAAAUACAGCUCCAACCCAAGUGAAAGAUACUGUAAGUGACACAGUAGUUACAAAAGCCCAGGAAAAAGAUCGACAAACUAUCGAGGACACUGAAGAGGGAACAUCAUCAAACAAUAUGCAGUCUUCUGAAGCAACAGCUAUCAUAGAGGCUCAGAAGUCUACAGUUUCACAGAAACCUGGAAUUGACCAAGAAUCAACUGGAAAGCCAUUAGAAAGUAACUCAAAAAUAGAAAGCAUUCUGGAAAAACCUGAACCCUCUGCACCAGAAGUAGACAUCUCAAAGCAGGAAACAGGUUUUUUUGGGUUUGGAUUUGGCAGUAGUAAAUCACAAUCUAUGCCAAUUAAACCUUCUGAUACAAACGCAGGAAAACGCUUUGGCUUUGGUGGUUUGACUGAGGCACCUUCACCACAAUCUGCCUCUUCUGUUUCUGGAAAGGUUUUAGGUUUUGGAUCUUCCAUCUUCAGCUCGGCUUCUAAUCUGAUCUCAUCAGCUGUUAAUGAUGAGCCCUCCAAGACACCACCAAGUUCUCGUAAGGGUUCCACAGUUUCCCAGACAGCUAUCAAAUCAGCCACAACACCCUCUUCCCGUAAAGGUUCAACAGUAUCCCAAGCUUCUCUUAAAACACCACCGACUUCUCGCAAGGGUUCAGCUGCUUCCCAGACCUCCUUAAAGACUUCUCCUAUUGGAGACACUAAACCAUCUGAUUUAGAAAAGCAAGAUGAACAUGAAACAGAUGACAAGUCAAAGGUCAAGCUAGAUGGAGGCUCUUCAGAAACUGCCAAACCACCUGAUUUAGAAAAACACAUCGACAAGACACCAAAUGACAAGUCAGAAAUCAAAUUAUCAGCUCCUUUACAAGCAGCCUCUAAAUUGGAACAGUCUAGUUGUCCUAUCUGCAAAGUGAAGCUAAAUAUGGGAACUGAAGAGCUGCCGAAUUUCAACACUUGCACUAAAUGUAACAACAAUAUAUGCAAUCAGUGUGGAUUUGAUCCCAUGCCAAAUCAGACAAAGGUAAAACAAUGGCUUUGCAUGAACUGCCAGAAGCAAAGAGCAGAAGCAGGAAUAGAAACAACAGGAAGUUCCAUAAUAAAGCCUCACCCAACAUUGCCCAAAAAGGACCAACAGUCGAUACCUUCAGAGCACAAAUUAGCUGAAACAUUGACUGUCUGUGUAGAUGGAAAGACUUCAUCUCUCCCAGAAGCAGCAAAAAAAGAUAAUCAAAAGCCAAGCUUGAAUGAAAAGGUACCCCAUUCAAAUAAAGAGCUGUUUCAACAGAAGGCACAAGAAGUGAAAGAUGAAAAGUCAGAGAAGCAGAUGAAAAGAGGUCCUGAGUCACCAGCCAGAUCCAUUCCACCUCCACAGGCCGAGGUUCCAAAACAGCAAUCAAGCUUCUUUGGAUUUGGCAUCAGUACUGGUAAGUCUCAGCCUACGUCUUCUAAGUCCUCUGAAUCGACAACUGGGAAGCUUUUCGGAUUUGCUGGAUUGACUGAGACAGCCAGAUCACGAUCACCAUCACCACAAUCUAUGACUAAUGCGUCUGGAAAGUUUUUAGGAUUUGGAUCAACCAUGUUUAGUUCUGCCUCCAAUUUGAUUUCGUCAGCUCUUCAGGAUGAGUCAUCUCCACCAGCCUCUCGUAAAGGCUCUACAGUAUCCCAAUCAUCUACACCACCUACUUCUCGCAAGGGUUCUGUAGUUCCUACUGCAGAGCCUAAAACUUCCAUUUCAAAGAAGUUAGAUGACAAACCAGUGGAAAAGAAGAUAGAAGAAUCCAAUGUAAACAAAGACAAGUCACCUGUUAGUAAAAAGCAGGAAGCUAUGCCUGAGUCUAUGGAAGUGACCGUACUGCCUAAGUCUCCUUCCAAAGCAAGCCAACCAACCUGUCCACUUUGCAAGGUGGAACUUAAUGUUGGAUCAAAAGAACUUCCCAACUACAAUACAUGCACAGAGUGUAAAGAUAUGGUGUGUAACCUCUGUGGAUUUAACCCCAUGCCUCAUCUUGCUGAGGGAGAGUGGCUAUGUUUGAACUGCCAGACUCAGAGAGCCCUAUCUGGAAACCUGGGAGACAUGGGUCAAAUUCCUAGACCAUUAAGUACAUCUGUAACUGAAUCAGCAGCUUUACCCAACAAGCAAACAAGCAAAAUAUCAGAUGAUGUUCAGGGCAUUGAAACCCCUGAGUAUACUGUCCUUAAACCUACAGGUGAAGAACAAAUAGCGGUUUCAAAUGUCCAGCCUGUGGAACCUGUUGCUGCUGCACCGGCUUCUAUACAGACUACAGAUAAUACAUCUAUUAAAGCUGCUGUUAAAACAGCUGAGUGGAAACCUGUGCCUCAAGAAUCUGCAGUAAGACAAGAGAAACUGGCUACGGAAAUCGCUCAUACAGCUGAGAUGCUACAAAUACAAUCAGAAAUACCACCUACUGAAGCUGUCUUCACAACAAUUAAGUUAAAAAGUGAAAUUGUCCAACAAAUGGACAGUACAAAAGAUGAACCAACACAGGCUGUAGACUCUCCAAACAUAAUAAAGCCUCCUACUGUUGAAGCAUCACUUGAAUUUAAGGAGACUUUGGAACUAACAUCUAUGGCAGCAAAACUUGAAGAAGAUUCUGCAUUUCAAGAUAAACUUAUUUAUAAUGAAGGUCCACUAAUUCAGUUAAAGAUUACUCCUACUACAACCAGUGAACCAGAAAACAUAGCAGUAUCAGUAUCAGAGGCAGAGGAUAAGACAGAUAACUUGGAAGUUGAUAAAAAAGGCCCACAUGGAUAUAAUUUAUUUCCAGUUUCACCUGAAUCAUACAGUUCAUCUGAGGAAGAGCUUAAAGAGAUUCAGAGAGCUAGCAAAUCUCUUUUUAAGGAAACUGCAGAAGAACUAGCUCAUAUUAAAGAAAGAGUAUGUACAACGCAUUAUUCUGAUUCUGGAGAGGAAGAGUUCAUACAGACACAGAUAAAGCAAACAAGUGCCGAUAAGGAUUCGUCACCAACUCAUCAUCAACCUCUUAUCACAAAACAGAUCAUAGGAAACAUCAGUGAUGCAGAUAAUGAAGGUACUGACCAUGAAGCUGAAGGGACCAUAAAUGUGCUUGAUGAAAGUGCGGAUAGUUGUCACUUGUCUCAAGAACAAGAAGGCCAAGUAAUGGAGGCCAGUUCUGUCUAUAAAACAGUUCUCCUGAAUGAUAAUGAAAGAGAAGAAAUCACAGACCCUAACAGCACCAGCAUCAUUUCUGUACAACAAAAUGUUCCUGUUAGUCAGAUUUCAGAAGACGACAGUAUAGCUGAAGAUAUAUCUAAAGAUGCUGGAUCAUCCAGUGUCCAAGGAUCUCACAUCACAUCAGGAACAACAUCACCUACAUCACUGUCCUCACUUGGUGAAGAAAGUGAUAGCAGUCUGUGUCUCAAGAAGGAGAAUUUAGAGGGCAAGCAGCAACGGAAAGUUAAGCAUAGGCAAGGUCAACCCCUUCAAACUAUAGUAGACUCUUCUGAAGAUGAAGAGAUUUUGGAAGAAGGAGAAAUUAUAGAACAGGAAAUACAGACUGAAACUGACCAUAAGCAGUUCAAAAAGUCUCACAAAAAGUCCAGUAGAGAAAAAGACAAAUUGCUAGAUCAUCCACCAGUUAAUCACUCUGAGAUCGAGUGCAUAUAUCAAACUGAUGAAUUAUUGCCGGUUUCAGAAAUAAAAACCUAUGAUACAUUUUCUUACUCAAACAUAUCACCAAGUACAGAGUCAGAACAAGAAAAUGUUGUUAGCCAACAUCUGUUACUAAUGGAUGCAAUGCAUGAUGUUGGUGAGAAACAGUUGAAAAGUGCAGAUGAGGCAUAUGAAGAAAUGAUGCAGAGAGCCCAAGAACUCAAGGCUAUGACAAAGAAAAUCACUCCACCUGACAUUGAACCACUGUAUGGAGGCAUGCUGAUUGAGGACUAUCUUUACGAGUCACUAGUGGAAGAACCAGCACAGGCUAGAGCAAUUGAUGAAAAUACUACUCUAGAUGAGUAUUUGACAAAUGUGUCCGUUCCAGAAACAAUACGAAAGCUUAGAACACCAGAGGAGGCCUAUGAGGAGAUGCGGAAAAAUAGAGAACUCAUGCUAAAAGAUCAAACAAUCGAAAAUACACAGGUAAAAAAAUCAGUUCCUUACAGAAAUACCACUGUAACUGAUACUUGUUAUGUGAAUAUGUCAGAAAACUAUGAGUUUACACAAAGCCAAGAUGAAAAUUGGCAGUGGUAUGCUGAAACAGCAAAUGAUGAGCUGCUGAACAGGGAAAAAGAAAUUAUGACACCAGGAACAAGUCCUUCACAAUCAACCCCUCUAUCACCAGUAUCUCCUUUGUCUUUAUCUGAGCCUUUAGACGAUUCUGCUGAAGUAAUACAAAUUCCCUCAAGUGGGGAAGAGGAUAAUGACAAGAACGAAUUUGCACCUGAACCUAUUGAGUGUACUAUGGAGCCUUACAGACCUGAGGCGACACCUCCACAAGAUCAGUCUGUUAAAAAUGUUCUCUAUCCUAUUCCUGACUUAAAAAUUACUCAGUGUUCAUCUGGUGAAGAGGAGGCUGACGACGAAGAAGGCAUCAUGCAAGAACAUCAGAAAGUAGUAAAUGGUAUUGCUCAGUGUGAUGACAGAUCAGAGGGAGAUUUUGAAUUUAUAGAAUCAGUGGAGGCACAGUCAAUAGAAUCUGACCCUACAUCUGUUGUGUCUGAAGUUCCACUGUCAAAAUCACCAUUUGAACAUGUGUCCUUUGCUUCUUGGGAUUCACAAUCAUCUCCUUUGUCACCACCAAGUACAUCUUUAGAUUUAUCACUUUCAUCAUGCCUUAUAGAUCAGACUGCAGAGCAAGAUUCAAUUCCACCAAAAAUAUGUGGUAUUGAAAGUCCAAAAACUCUUGAAUCUGAUUGUGCACAAGUUAUAAUUUCAACGACAGACUUAAAAGCAGCACCUAGGGUGCAAUCUGCCUCUUUAAGUGGCAUUUCUAAUGAAGAAUUUGUAUGCUUUUCCCAAGUUACUGCAUCUGUCUCAACAGCUCCAAGUCUACCAGGGAUGCCUGCUACUAAACCACCACUAGCUUCAAAACCAACACUAGUUGUGUCCACAGAAGAAUCUGCUCUUUCAGAUUCAUCAGUGACCAUACAAGCACCUAAACCAGCUGAUGUUUUAAUUUCUAACCCACCACUAAACUCAGAACAAUUUUUCACCUCAGAAAAUACCACAGAUACAAUUAUUGUUACAAUAGAUGAUGAAGUAUCACAGCUCAAUACAUUUUUACAGAUGACACCAACAAAUAUUGUUGAUAAUUCUACUAUUCUGUCAACAUCUACAGUAACUUCAAUGUCCACACAUGAGCAAAUUACAUUUCCUGUCUCAAGUAAAGUAAUGAGUCAAACCACAGUAUUAGCUACAGUUCCUUUAAUUUCAGAUUCCACAAUUGCACCAGCUUUUGUGUCACAAGCCCCAAUUUCAUGUGCUACUUCAAUUCCUUUUGUGCCUGAGAUUAUGUUUCCUACACCAGAGUGUCCAAUUCAAGUACCAUCUUUAGAUCCCACUCCAAGAUAUACUGGUAGAGAACAUACACCUGCCAUUGUUCCAGAACCUCUUCCAUGUAUUGUUGAAAUACCAGAGAUAAUGUCUUCAACUUCAAAGUAUCUAAAUCAUAGUACUGGUAUGAUGUCAACUCUAGCACAGACUCCAGCUUUAACCAGUACCUCAAGCAUAUAUGAAGGCCAUGCUUAUGCCCCAACUGCAGUAUCAACAUGCUGCUUAACAGACACUCUAACUACAGUCCAGAGCAUAUCUUUUGCACCAUGUCUUCCUUCCUCAUUGGUGGAACCGAGCUAUAUUUGUUCAGAGUCAACAAAACCAAGUACUCAACACCCACAUGCUUUGCCUAAUAUUCCUUUUGCAGAUAACACAGCUAUGAGUCCAGCUAUUAAAAUUCCUAUUACUUCUGUAGAUAAAGAUAAAUCACUUGUGGAAGGAACAGCAGCUCAUGAUCUCCCUGUUGCAGUUUCACAAACCUGCCAGUCAGUAGAGCAUGCUGACACAAAGCUUUUUCCAUCCAUAAAUUCAGCCGUAGAUUUUGUAAAUGUGUCUUCUCAACCAACUAAAUCAAAAGUUAUGGACUCAAACAUAAAGACACAAAGUUUUCAACUUGUUGAAGAUGAGUCUCAGAUUGUGACUCCUGGUAUGCAGACAGUACAAGGUACUAAUUUUGUUGUGCCAAGUGUUGAAAGCAUACCUAUGAUAAAAGAUCAAACACAUGAUAUCAUUACUAACACAAUGGAAACUUCUGUUCAACAAGUUAGAAGUCUGCCUGUUGUUGUAAGUGUAUCGCCUGUUAUCAGUUCAGAUGUUUCUCCUCUUGUGGGACUAAAAGUUAGCUUGCCUAGUGACUUAGCUUUUGUGUCAUCUCAACUUGAACCUCAUGUCACUAUCUCAAGAGAAAGAGCAGAUAAGCCAGUCAUUGAAUUUCCACCCCCACCUGCAGCUUCGCCACCAGCCCUACUACUUGAUAGUUUAUCUAAUACACCUUUUAACCAACAGUCAGUGGUACCCACUACUAUUGAAUCUGUCAAAAGUAUAGCCAGCCAAGUACCUAGGGCAUCAGAAAAACAAAUUGCAACCACCAUACACAAGUCACCUCCCCCAGUCCCACCAAAGCCAUUUACCCUACCUGGUGGCCUAGUGUUCAGUCAUAAAUCUAUAGAAAGUGUAAAGCCAUCAGUGAUUUCCAAAUCUGCUGUUGGCCAUGCUGCAACUUUACCAAGAACAAGAGAACCUCCCAAGGCCCUUACACUGUCCUUGACUGCCCCCACCGACAUCAAACACAGUAUUUCAUCUCCAAAAUCUCCCUUAUCACCUAGAUUUGCUAAAACUCUUGAGACAUAUGUAGUUAUAACAUUGCCGUCAGAACCAGGAUCACCAGUGGAAGGUAUUACAACUCAGGCUCCAAUACAUAGACAGACUCUACCAACUUCUAAGCAGCAGGGCCUUGCAAUAGACUCAACAGUGUUUACGCCACCUGUGGUAUGUGCACCAAUUACCAUGAUUUCACAACAUAGAGUGGAUACUUUUCCAACAUUAGUAUCUGCCCCUGUUUUGACAACACCAUUUAUUCCCGGACAAAGUAGGGAUUUUGCCACAGAUGAUACAAAUAAGAAAGCAAUAACUUGUGCAUCUACUAUGAUUUCAACAACAGAUCUGAUAGAUGCUCCAGCAAGUGCAAUUCCAGUACCACACUCAGUAGCAACAAGUAUUGCCUUUGUUCCUGGAAUAGACAUAGAAAUACAACCAAUGAAAAAGGAAAUGUAUGAGCAAAAAGCCAUCUACUCAGUACCACCUGUGUGCACAACAAUAUAUUCUUCACCAACAGUAGUUUCCAUACCCACUGUAACAUCAACAGUUGUAGCUAAAAUUCCAGACGUUACUAUAGAACCAAAAAUAAAUUCUGUGUCUACCGUGAUCUCAGCACCCAUAACAAGUACAGUUGCAGUACCAUAUUCACUAGCACCAAGCCCUGCUUUUUUGCCUCAGACAGAGACAGAUCCUGUAGUACCAAUCAAAAAUGUAAUUUUUGAGGAAAAAUCAAUUUACUCAGACAUAGUGAUUCCUGUAACAUCACCAGAUACAUUGCAUACAGUAUCAGUUGUCUCUGAAAUUCCAGCAAUGACCAUAGAACCUAAAACAAGUAAUGUUUUGAGCUCAGUUGCAGAAGAAUAUGCCACUUAUCCUUCAGGCCCACAAGCCAAUUCUCAGUCAUUGGUACCUAAAUCACUACUAAUACAAGAAAUACCUGUUGAGUCAACAUCAGCAGCUUUUUCAAUAGGCAUUACCUCGGCAUCUUCAAGAGAACCUUCAGCUUCACAUGAUAUCAUGCAAGGACAUGAGAGGCAAACGAUUCAUCCAGGUUAUGCUGCUCCAAUAACAACAACAGAAUUGCAAUUAACCACAGAUAAUCUGGGAGUACAUCUAUUGGAAACUAAGGAAGAGGCAAAAUCAACAAAUGGACAACCGUCUGACCAGAUUCAACAGCACCACGUAUUUUUUGAAUCAGAACAAAUGGUACCAUCAAUGUCUACAUCAGCAUAUAUACCAACUGCACCAGUAACAUUUGCUCAGUUAAAAAAAUCAGUUGAGAAUCAAGAAAUAAGAGGCACUGAUAAAGUCUUGUCUAUGAGCCAACUGUUCUCUACAGUUUCAGCGAAUGAACAACACCGAUUUGCAUUACCUAAUCUUUUGGCACAAGUUGUCACAACUGAAGUCCAAAGAACUACUACAGUAUCAGUGGUGCAAGAAAGAAUACCGCUAGAACCCAUUUCAGAUCCUUACUGCAGACAAGCAGCACCUAAACCAAGUGGAAAAACACAUUGCAUUGAUGAUGUUAUAGAUCUCACAACAUUAAAGGUCAGUUUUUCAAAUACUGACAAGGGAAUGGAUCUAACAGCCCCUGAGUCAAAUCUGCAGUCUUUCUUAAACAAAUCAAGCAGUCGACAGAUUACUGCUGUACAGCCAGAAAUUGUAAACCUAAGUGCUGAGACAAUUCCAGCUACAACAGUCUCUGUUGUGACAAACAGUAUCACUGUUGUUACCUGCACCUCAGCAUUCACAUGCAACAAGAACAUAACAAUUGACACACACCCCGAUUUACAAAGUGUUACUUCUAUGUCUGUACCACUUAAAACGUACAAACCAUUUGAACCCCUGGCACAAAUAGUUUACAGACCAGUGAAUUCACAACCAAAACCAACUACCAAUACAGAGAUUCCUAUUAACCUAUCAUGUGGGCUUGCAGAAACCACAGCACUUUCACCUUUAUCAGUAACAAUGGCCCCAAUAGUCUGCACACCUUCCACUGUACCUAUUCGUAUUGGGCCUUCUGCAGGUGGAGCUAUUGAUCUUACAAUAUCAAAGCCAAAGCGAACUAUGUUGGCUAUUACUGCAUCUACUGGGGUGGUUACAAGUGUGGUUGAAGAAGAUGUGGCACCUGUAGAUCUGACAGCAGGGAGGCGAACAGUGUGCUGUGACAUCCUCUAUAGACUUCCAUUCACAGGAAGCUGCAGAACACAGCCUCCAGUGACCACAACAGAUAAAACGGCUGGCUUAAUUAAUUAUGAUCAACAUCAUGUCACAACCCUUGGACUUGAGGAUCUUAGUAAUACAAAAACUUUAGGGUUUGGCUGUAAUGGUGAACAGACUGAUUUGGCCACAAAAAAUGGACUUGUCAGCCAAUAUGAUGCGCCAAAUGGGGCAAUCGAUUUGACAUCAGCAAAAAUGCAAAGAGAUGAAGCUGUGGACUAUUCAACGAAAGGCACACUACCAUUUUCUGAGAUAAGCACCACUCACUCUCCCCAAGGAAUAUCCUCAAGAAAUAAUACUUUAAAAUCACAAAAGGGAGUUGUGUAUUCAUCUGUGGCUUCACCUAUUUCAUCCUCAUUUGCAAUUACCACUCAGCCAGGCUCAAUAUUUAGUACAACAUGUGACAAUCUGACCACCAAAACUGAGCCAUCAACACAGAACAAGGCUUCACCCUAUGAUAUAAUGAAUUCCACUGAAUGCAACCGGUCAAUAUAUUUAGAAACUGACCCAUCCAAGGAUAUAUUGCCCUCUGCCAUCACUAACCUGAUUCCCUCAAUAUCAGCCUUCCCAGAACUAUACUCUGAUGCUACUCUUGAGGUCAUUGCAGCCUCUCUGGAUGCUCUUGUCUCCCCAAAUUUUCCUACCUUUGAUGACAGCAAGAGUCAGCAAUACCAAGCUGAACAUGAGUUUUUGCAAUUAGAGAAACUGAAGCAGAUCUGCUUAGCUGAAGAGCUUGAAUGGGAAAGACAGGAGAUACAACGUUAUCGUGAGCAAGAACAGUUCAUUGUUCAGAAAGAAUUAGAGGAACUCCAGAGCAUAAAACAACAGCUCCUAAUGCAGCAAGAACAGGAGCGCAAGGCUCAUUUCAUUCUUCAACAGGAGACCUUUGCUCAGCAGCAAAUACAGCUUGAGCAAAUCCAACUGCUACAGCAGCAACUACAGCAACAGCUACAAGAACAGAAAAUAUAUCCAUAUGGUUUUGAUGGCAUAUCACAAACCACUAGUUCGGGUAUUAUUCUGGAUUCCAAGUACUGCAGAGGAGAUAAUGGGCAGUACUGGCCAGUGAAGGAUGACAACAUUUUAUCAAAAGUCACUGUCUCAUCAGCUAGCCAAGACUGGCACAGAACGCCAUCUGGUAAUUUGUAUCAUAGUCUGAACAUACCUAAAUCAGAAGAUGAUCUUAAAAAAACAGAGGAAAAAAAACAGGAUUCAGAAAAGCUUCAUGAAAUAACCAAGCAAGUACCUGGGCAAAAUGUAGGCUUAAGUAGUAAGAAAAUAAGCAGUAAUUUUGUUCAUACAGAUGAUGAGGAAGGUUUAGAAAGGACCUACCCUGGAAGAAGAAGGAGAGGUAGGAAAAGUGUGGAUAGCUGUGUGCAAACUGACGAUGAGGAUCAGGAAGAAUGGGACGUCCCUGUCAGAAGCAGGCGAAGGUCUCGCUCAAGCAGAUAUACAGAUGGAGAAAGGCUCAAAGGCUCCAAAGUAUCCAGCAUUGCAAUCCAAACUGUGGCUGAAAUCUCAGUUCAGACAGAUCAUUCUGGCACUCUAAAGAGGUCCCCCGUUCGAGCUCAAGUUGAUACUACAUUUGACCUGCACAGAGGAGGAGAAAUAGAGAGUGACUCAGAUUUUACAUCAGACAGAGAUAAGAAACAUUCGACUCCUAUCGAAGUUGGUGUCAACACUCAUCUAAAAGCAGAUGGAAUUAGCAUUUCUUCAGUACCAAAAUCUCCAAAGGUAUUGUACUCCCCAGUUUCUCCUGUGUCUCCUGGAAAAGGAAAUCAGAAAAUGUUAACAGCUGAACCACCAAGACAGCCAAGUAGCCCAAGAUCACUAAAGGCCUCGCAACGAUCUCUGUCAGAUCCCAAGUCUCUGAGUCCCACAACUGAUGACAGAAUCAUGUACCAGUACUCAGAUGCCUGUUUGAGCAAAGGUUCACAGAGCAGUACUCCAGUGGGAACCCACAAAAAAAUAAAGCGUACCCUUCCUCAUCCACCACCAGAUGAAGACACUGUUGUUGGACAUUUGGGAUACAGUACUGGCUCAUCCCGUAGAAGAAUAUGUCGAAAUACUACCAUGGCUAGAGCAAAAAUUCUUCAAGAUAUUGACAAAGAGUUGGAUUUGGUCGAGAGAGAGUCUUCUAAACUCCGCAAGAAGCAAGCAGAACUGGAUGAGGAAGAGAAAGAGAUAGAUGCCAAGCUAAGAUAUCUUGAAAUGGGAAUUAAUAGAAGGAAGGAGGCUUUAUUAAAAGAAAGAGAGAAGAGGGAGAGGGCAUAUUUACAGGGCGUGGCAGAAGAGCGUGACUAUAUGUCUGAUAGUGAGGUUAGUAACAACAGAGAGACACGAAGUAAUGCUCACGGACUUGAACGACCAAGGACAGCACCUCAGUCAGAAUUUAACCAGUUUAUUCCACCACAGUCCGAAGCUGAUUCUCAGUAUGCACAACUUGCAUACUCGCACUACCAGUAUGCCUCACAGAGUGAUUCCCCAAGUCACUAUUCCCAGCAAACUCUGUACCAACAACCAUCACUUUAUCAUCAACAGGUGUCUCCCUAUCAGACCCAAUCGAUGUACUCUUCAGUCCCCACACUUAGCCAGCAAUCACAACAAGCUGGUUUUGAUCAUGCCUCCCAGCUACUUCUAAUGCAACAGAAAACCCGUCAAACUACUUUGUCUGACUUGGAGCCAAAGAUAACCACUAAUUAUGAGGUUAUACGGAAUCAGCCUCUCCUAAUUGCCCCCACAUCUACAGAGAGUGCCUAUGGGGUCUCACAUCUUGCAAAUAAAUACAAUAACCUUGAUCUGAGAAUUGGGCUUGAGGAAAGGGGAAGUAUGGCCAGCAGUCCAAUGUCCAGCAUUUCAGCAGAGUCCUUCUAUACUGACAUUGACCAUCACAAUGUUAGAAACUAUGUCAUGAUUGAUGACAUAGGUGAGCUCACUAAGGGUUCUAGAGGAUUGGGCCAAAGCUUUAAUGUCCCUGAUAAGGAUAUCAGCAAAACUGAUCGGCUACUUUGUGUUGCUGAUGUACGUCGAACAACAGAUGUGUCUGACUUCAUUGGGCCACUCCAGGCCUCCUCAAGGUUACAUUCAUAUGGUAAGCCAGAGGAGGACUCAAUGGAGGAGCCAUAUGAGUUAAAGCUGCUAAAGCAGCAAAUCAAACAAGAGUUCCGGAGGGGAGCAGACAGUCUGGAACAACUCACAGGUCUUCCUCACUACCUACACACUGAGAGUUUUAGACAUUUUCCUAAAUCUGAAAAAUAUAGUAUUGGAAGGCUUACACUUGAAAAGCAAGCUGCAAAACAGCUUUCAGCCUCAGUCCUUUACCAGAAACAGUUAAAGAACAAAAGAACACUAAUUGAUCCUAAAAUUACAAAGUUUUCCCCUAUACAAGAGAGCCGGGACCUAGAGCCUGAUUACAGCAGUUAUUUAUCUUCCACUGGCUCGGCAAUGGGAGGGCUGUCCAGCAGGGCACGGCUGCUUCAGGAUGAGAUCACGUUUGGCCUGAGGAAGAACCUAGCUGAGCAGCAGAAAUAUCUGGGCUCCACGCUUAGUUCCAACCUGUCUCACUCACUGAAUCUUGCUCACUCUCUCAACCUUGGCCCAAACUUGAGGUCAUCUGUCCAAGAGGAUGCCACUUAUCCAAGUGGCACACAGUCAAGACCUUCUUCCAGGCCUUCCUCUGUAUAUGGACUUGACUUAUCCAUCAAAAGAGACCUUUCCAGCUCUUCACUUAGGUUAAAAUCUGAGGGUGAAGGUAUAGAGUCCCAAUUUGGCAUAGCAAGGGUAAAACCAACAAGUUUACCUAUUAGCCAAAGCAGAGGCAGAAUUCCCAUUGUGGCACAGAACUCAGAAGAAGAGAGCCCACUGAGCCCAGUUGGGCAACCCAUGGGUAUGGCAAGGGCAUCUGCAGGUCCACUUCCACCAAUCUCUGCUGAUUCUCGGGACCAGUUUGGUUCCAGUCACUCCUUGCCAGAGGUGCAACAACAUAUGAGAGAAGAAUCACGAACUCGUGGCUAUGAUAGGGAUAUAGCCAUCAUUAUGGAUGACCUACAGGGAGCUAUGUCAGACAGUGAAGCAGGUUGUCCUAGCUGGAAAGUAGAAGCCUACCACCUGCAGUAUGAAGAGACUGACUGGUUUGAUAAACCACGUGAGGGACACAGUGGAUCAAAGCCAGGACAAGAUAAAAGACAGGUGAAAGCUAUGCAUUAUAAUUUCCCCUACACUCGCAUUAAACUACAGAGAGACCCCAAGGACUACAGUGUUUCGGGGGGUGGUUUUGGCAUACGUGUGGUGGGAGGGAAAGAGAUUCCAGGUACUAAUGGAGAGAUUGGGGCGUAUAUUGCUAACCUGGCACCCGCAGGCACUGCUGAACUGUCAGGAAAGGUCAUAGAAGGAAUGCAGGUCCUGGAGUGGAAUGGAAUACCUCUGAUGGGAAAAACCUAUGAAGAAGUGCAGAGCAUUGUGGGUCACCAGAGUGGGGAGGUAGAGAUAUGUUUGCGCCUAGAUCUGAAUAUGCGCUCAGACUCAGACAGUCCCAGGUAUCUAGAGCUGCAGUCUCAGCUAAAAGUUGCUGAGCAUCAGCGUUCUCCAGGUGUAGAUCCUAAGCAGCUGGCUGCAGAGCUGCAAAAGGUCUCUCAGCAACAGGCUCCUUCCUCUGUACUGACUGUGCUAGAUAAAGCAGGACAUCUUCACUCAGCGACAGCAUCCACUGCCUCCAGUGGAGUUCCCAGCCCUGGACAGCCAGGAUCACCCUCUGUCAGCAAGAAACGGCACAACAAGUCAGGUGAUGGGGUAAAACCACAACCACAUCCCAUUACUGGUGAAAUACAGCUACAAAUCAAUUAUGACAAGAAUAUGGGUAACUUGAUCGUCCACAUUCUACAAGCCCGAAACCUUGCACCCAGAGACAACAAUGGAUAUUCAGACCCUUUUGUUAAGGUGUAUCUUCUGCCAGGAAGAGGACAAGUCAUGGUUGUCCAGAACGCAAGUGCUGAAAAUAAAAGAAGAACUAAAUAUGUGCAGAAGACCCAGAACCCUGAGUGGAACCAGACUGUCAUCUAUAAGAACAUUCACCUUGAGCAGCUGAAAAGAAAAACCCUCGAGGUGACAGUGUGGGACUAUGCCAAAUAUUCCUCCAAUGAUUUCUUGGGAGAGGUGCUUAUAGAUCUGUCCAACACUGCUCAGUUGGACAACAUGCCUCGCUGGCACCCUUUAAAGGAACAAAGUGAAAGCAUCCACCAUGGAAAGGGACAGCUACCACAUGGAGGAGGCGGAGGAUCCGGUGGCCAAGGAGGCCAAGGAGGCAAUGGAGGUCAGGGAGGCCCUGGAGGAUCAGGUGGACCUGGGGGUACAGGAGGCCAACCAAGCAGCGAACAAUCCCCCAAAACCUCUGUGAUCAAGAGCAGAAGUCAUGGAAUCUUCCCUGACCCUGCUAAAGAUACUCAGGUCCCCACUAUUGAGAAAUCCCAUAGUAGCCCAGGCAGCUCAAAAUCCUCAUCUGAGAGUCAUCUGCGUUCACAUGGCCCCUCUCGCAGUCAGAGCAAGAGCAGUGUUACUCAGGCUCACCUCGAGGAUGCUGGGAAUGCCAUCGCUGCUGCCGAGGCCGCAGUCCAGCAAGCCCGCCUCCAGCCAAACAGAUCAGGACACAUGCAAAAUGAUGGAGAUGGGUACACCCUGGACAGCGAGGAUGGCAAUGGCACUAAUACAGUGGACAGUGCUAUCUUUCAGGUGCCUCAGCUGAAGACAAUUCCUAAUGGUUUGGAUUUGAGAGGCUCAGACUCUCUGAAGAAUCUGCACGACUCUGACAGUAAGAACAAUAUGAUUGGAGAGAUUAAGGUGGCACUGAAGAAAGAGAUGAAGACCGAAGGAGAACAGCUGGUUCUUGAAAUUCUGCAGUGCAGGAAUAUUACUUACAAGUUCAAAUCUCCAGAUCAUCUGCCUGGUAAUGGAGAAUUCACUAAAGCCCACAUCUCAGCCACAGGAUGCAUAAUGCAUAACAUUUAUAUCCUAAUCAGAAGCACUCUCAGCACCCAGGAUACAGCCUGGAUUUUAACAAAAAUAAUAACUGUUGCAGAUUUGUAUGUGAAGCUCUAUGUGGUUAACGUGGCCACACAGAAGCGCAUCAUAAAGAAAAAGACGAGAGUGUGCCGCCAUGACAGAGAGCCUUCCUUCAAUGAGACGUUUCGCUUCAGUCUCAACCCGGCCGGUCACUCCAUUCAGCUGUUCCUGGUGUCUAAUGGAGGGAAGUUUGUGAAGAAGACACUUAUUGGUGAAGCUUACAUCUGGUUGGACAAAGUGGACAUGCGGAAGAGAGCGGUGAGCUGGCACAAAUUAGUAGCCAGUUCUCCUCAUACGCAGCCCUGAUUCAUACCAUCCAGUGCAGAAAUAAAUGACCAUGAUGGAAAAAAGGAAGAUAGUGGUAUUUCAGUAAUAACUAAUGUCAUGAUCAAACCUUAUUUACAAUUUCAUACUAAACGUUACUGAAAUUCAGACCCCCAGUCAAACUAUCUCAGCUGCUGCAAUUAAUGUACAGAACAUUUAUACAUAAAUGUAUAAGGUCAAAGUAAUCAAAAAAAUAUAUAUAUAUAGAAAGAGAAAUCAGUAGCAACAUUUCUGAUCUUAUCAGAAAAUAUAACCACCUCCUUCCCUCGCAGUCCACUGUAUAGUUUAUAUGAUUAAAUCGAUCAUAUCAGAUUAUGUUAUGUACAUAAUGAAAAAAUGUAUUUGCGAUAAACACAGUAUGAAACUUUAUCGUAUCUUUAUUAAGCACACGUUCUUCGUGAUACCAUGUCUCUACUGUCAUAUUCAGUGUCACGUCAACAUUUUGGGAACCUUUUCAUCUGAUUUAUUACUUAUUAUUUUUUUAAAUCCAGUAUUUCAUUUUGUCUGUGGAAAAAUGUGCAGUCAGCGGUGGUAUGAUUUCAUUCCUUCAAAAGGCUGCAGUAGUGAGAAAAGAAGCACUGCUAGUUUUAUUUGUAUUUCGAUCGCCACUGUUGAACAUGAACUAUGUUCUCCAAAGAGUCUCGAGUGCUCUGAAAAGUCGUAGCGACAACAAAAUCGAAUCAAAUACAGAGAAUGAUUGUACGUGUGCGUAUUUUUUGAAAGCAUCAAAAUAAUUGUCAUGUAACUGUUCUGAUGUCAACAGUGAUUCCUGUUUUGUGAUAAUGUUCUGUGUUUAAACAAAUAUGCAAUGAAAAAAAGGGACGAAAAAAAAAAUCUGAAUUGGUUCAGCUGAAAUCGGGUCACUGUUUCUGUUUAUUUCAAAUGGUGCAAGAUGUCCGUAUAAAGGAGUGUCACUGUGCUACAGUUUAACGCUGUUACAUUUUUUUAUUUGGCUUUAAAAAUGAAUAAUUGUUGCUGCUCAUUUCAUUUUUAGUAGCAGAGAAUCAAACAUAUUCACUGCCUGCACCAUAUCAGUGUAAAAGAUGUGUAAACAGUACAUUUGCCUGUGCUCAAACACCAGACAGUGUGGCUAUGGGUUAAAGCUCUAAAAAUAAAGAUUCAUUAUCUAAACACACAGAUCUUCAUAAAUCAACAGCAGUCAGUGUUUCCAUAUCGGUGUCAGUGGAUUUUUUUUAUUUUAUAUAUAUAUAUAUACAUGCGGAAAAAGGAUCUUUACCGAUUCUUUAAUGAUGAUAUUCAGAACAUUUUGUAAAGACAGUGUACAUAUAAGAAAGAAGAAAUGUUCAUGUGGUGACUGGGUUGCUGUCACAGUGAAGUAAUCUACGUGCCAACCUAAUGUCCAAACCAAUUCCACUGCUUCAGUUUGGGUAUUUCUAUGCAACAUGAAUUAUGCCUGGAUGCAUUUCUUCAGAAUUUGAAUAUAAAUAUAUAUAUAUGAAAAUCUUUUAAACAUAAUUUUACUUUUCAUUUUACUUCUGAUGAAGAUAUAUAAAUAUAUAUGUAAAAAAAAACAACUGUUUUAACAUUUUAAGAAUAUGCACUUUAGUUAAGUUCCUGUUCCAAUGUGUGUUGGACUUUCAUUAUGACUAUGAAAGUUAUGACUAUUGCGACAUGGAAUACAGUGACCCCUGAAUUGUCCUGGAGAAAAAAGGCAUUGCUUAAUCUAAAAUCUAAACUAAAAAAAAAAGGAAUUAGCCUUGUCGGUGCUCUACAAAGUAUGAGAGCCAAAGUUUAUUCAAUCUCAUCGAAUCAAAUGAAUAUUAUUGUUUUUUACGUCUAAAGCAUUCCACCUCGAACAGUGCUGUGUAUCUGGAUUUCAAUCAAAAGCUGUGUCCCCUUUAAAUAAUGACUGAAAAAUGGCUGUUGUCUCCUCUCUGUUGUGUCAGUGUAAUGUCCGCCUGGUUUGUUAUGCUGUAUUCCUGGGAAUUAACACAACGAGUCUGACGUGUUCAGUUGCAGUAAAUGGUGUGAAUGUGAUUUGAUUAUUUUUGAUUAUGUAAAUACAUAAGAUAUUUUCUAUAAGAAAAGGUUUGAAUAUUUAUUUGGUUUGACACUGAGCAUGUGCGUGUGAACUCAAGGUCAAAGUCCUGUCUGUACAUAUGUAUUUGUCUAAAUAUGUAAGCAAGUGAAUCCAUGUGAUUAUCUGGAUGAUGUCAAUCAACCCACAUCAAUCUCUCUAAUGAACUCUGUGAAAUCUCACGCAAUCAAGAUAAUGAGGUGAAAAAAAAAAGUGCACACGAUUAUCAAUGGAAUUUCUAUGGUUUUACAUGGAUGUUGCAUGUUCUGCUAGGUGUCUGUUGAUAUUUUUGCCUACAGAUUCUGUUUAAAAAAGGAAAAAUGAUUACCUUUAUCUGAAACAUGUAUGCUGACUGUAAAAUGCUUGUAAAAUGAGUCUUGUUUUUUUUUCCACUUGUAAAAAAGAGAAAUUUAAUGUCAUGGUUUUAUGGUUGUCCAUAGGAUGUCAUGAAAUUAUGCAAAUUGUGCUGUAGAAAAAAAAAAAAAAAAGAAAGAAAGA